AGGAAGUGUGUGAUGGAGUGGGAGGAGCCUCAUGACAGCGCUCUGUACUGCCUUCAGACAGACGGGAAUCACAUGAUAGCCAGCGGCUCCUCGUACUACGGGGGGGUGCGUCUAUGGGACAAACGUCAGGCUGCAUGUCUGCAGUUCUUCCAGCUGAGCUCCCGCCCGGUGAGCAGCCCUGUGUACUGCCUGAGGUUCAGCAGCUCUCACCUGCACGCUGCCCUCGCCUCCUCCCUGCACUCACUGGACUUCAGACAGAACAACGUCUACAUCAGAUGACACACACACACACACACACACACACACACACACACACACACACACACACACACACACACACAUAUCAUUUUUUAUUAAUCUGUUCAAUAAAGCUGUUUAUUUUCACAAGGUAUGUUUCAUAAGGAAGUGCUUAUUAAGAUGAGUUAAUAAUUCAUAAUAGUCUAAAUGUCAGUGGGUUUUUAAUGGUGACCUCUUAAAUGUAUAAACCUUAAACAGAAUCAGCCUGUAUGGAUGGGUGAAACAGCCAAGGCUGUACCUACUGAUCAACAAGCACUAGAAUAACCUCCACUUGUUCAAGAUGUAUUUGUUAUUUAACUAAUUCAGAAAACUGUUUAAAGUAGGCUGUUGGUAAAAGACUCAAGCUACAAUUUACCUGUAUUUGAUUGUGAGAUAUAGAGGAAAAAAAGAGGAAAAUUAAAAUAGAUGGCCUCUACCUACACCAACCCGGUGUCUACACCAAACCGGUAUCACGGCAAGAUGUGAACAUGUGACGAUUUACCAUGUUGGGAAACGUGAAGAUGUCACGAUUUUGUCC